AUGGAAGACACGGACGAUAAUCUUCCCGCCUUUGGGAUGAACUUAAUAUCUAGUUCUGCGGGUAAGGCCCUUUCAUUUCCGCGUCACUCGCCUUCUAGCUCAGCAACCUCCGCCGUAGACGCUAGCGGGACAGAGAAUGGUAGUGGGGCAGACAAUAGGGUAGGUAUAUGCGGACCAGGCUUUACGGGGGCGGCCAACAGAAGGGCGGUGAAUAGCGUGGCAGAAAAUAGCGCCAAUUCACCUCACCACGUGCGAAUAGGCUGCAGCGCGCGCUCCGCGUUUCAUCUGGUAGCGCCAUCCCUGCAAAUAACUCCUCCGAGGCACAUCGGCUCUGCUCCUUCGAUAGCAGCAUGCGAUCUCCCAUCGCCCCUCACGGCUGAUCGCCCCUCAACCUUCACGACUGACCGUCCGUCGCCCUUCACGGCCGAUCGUCCCUCGUCCGUGUCGCACGCCCGCAAGGUCUGCCCGUCGUCUUCGUCUUCCGCCAACUCGAGCCUCGACCACAAAGCGGACAACGAAGAGCAUUAUGAAGAGGAUGGGCCCUGCUCGCUUCGCCUCUCGCUCGCUCCGCCCCUUGUCGACGCGUCCCCCACCCCGCCGACAUCCCAGCGCUCGUCGCCCGUCUCGCCGGGGUUCGAAUGCCAAGCCGCGCGCGAGGCGGACUGCGCGUUGCGCCUCUCCAUCUUCCCCGCGCCUCCGCAGCGCACCUCCGCGCCCUCCCUCACUCGGCCGUGCCUCGCACUGCCUACCGCGUCGCAGGUUAGAAUGGCGCCGUGGCUGAAUGUGGGCGAGAAACGGCCCGUGGUACGAGGUUUGUCGUUGAGAUUCGCAGGCGCGAGCACCGUCGCCGGCCCGACGGCUGUGGCAUCGUCCGAGAUACCUGCCGCUGCGGAUGGAUCUCAGCCGUCCGAUGCGCUUCAGCUUCUCGACAGCGAGCCCGUGAAAUGCGGCAAGAGGGAUCUCGCGGCACUGGACGGCGAUUCGUUUCGUGCAUGCGGCGGCGAGAAGGCGGGCGGCGCGUCGCCGAACAAGAAGCCGAAGCACUGCUGGCGACCCGAGAAAUGGCGGCGUAAGUCAAAUGUCCAAACAUUCUCCGCCUUCCCCUCUCUCGCCCUUCCUCUCCCCUUCUUGUUCUCUGCCCUUUCUGCCUUCCUCCUAUUUCCGCCCUUCCCCUCCGUCCCUCUCCUCCGCCUCCUCUGUACCCCCUCCGCCUUCUCCCCCACAGCGGCGUUCCCCUGGGCGGAGCUGCACGUGCGCGCGGACGGGCGGCAGGCGAUGCGGUGCGCGCUGUGCCUGCGGUGGUGCGCCGACGAGCCCACGCCGUUCACGCGCGACGGCGCCGUCGACCUGCAGCGGAGCACGCUGCGGACACACGGCAAGUCCAGGUGUCACAAGAAGGCGGUGGAGCGAGAGGCCAUGGCGGCCAGGGCUCACGGACAACCUUCACUGCUCGCCUCUGCCACCGCCGCCACGGCACCACCUGCUCCUCCUGCUGCUGCUGCUCCAGCUCCUGCUUCCAGUGGUGCUGCUGUGGCUCCUAGCUUUGCUGCCCCGCUUGCCCUGUCAGCCGGAGCUUCGCUCACACUUCCUGGCGCCCUCCUGACGUGCUCCUAA